AAUUGAGAAGGAAGCUAAUGAGCCAAAAGUUCCUUUUGGUUCUGGAUGAUAUUUGGCCCAUUGCUAAUCGCAAAUGGGAAGAACUUAAUGCACUCUUGAGGCAUGGACUUGAAGGCAGUGUGAUCCUAGUUACUACAAGAUUCAAAAAUGUUUCUGAUCUUGUCACCUCCAACAACUGUAAACCUAUCAAACUUGAAGGAUUGGAUGAAGAAAUAUUCUGGGACUUCUUCGUACACUGUGCGUUUGGGCAAGAAUGCCCAGAGUCAUAUCCUCAAUUACAAGGUAUUGGUAAGAACAUUGCGUCCAGAUUAUGCAGAUCUCCUUUGGCUGCCAAAACUCUUGGACGCUUGUUGAAUAUGGAGCUAACUGUGCGGCAUUGGGAGACUAUUGAGAAAAGUGAAUUGUGGGAGCUGCCACAUCAAGAGAGCGAGAUAUUACCAGCCCUUCAACUGAGCUACUUAUAUCUCCCACAAGAACUUAAGAGAUGCUUUGCAUUUUGCUCCAUGUUUCUGAAAGAUUAUAGCUUUGAACAGAUGUGAUCAUUGGCAUUUGGGUGUCAGAGGGUUUUGUUGCACUUGCACCUGGAGAGAAGAUGCGUCCUGAAGAUAUGGGGAUUAGGUAUUUGAAUGAUUUGAGGAGCAGAUUCCUUUUUCAAACCGAUCCCAAGUUGCCAGAUCAAAAUAGAUAUGUAAUGCAUGAUUUGAUCCAUGAUAUGGCGCAGUCUGUUUCUGCGGACGAAUGCCUCUUGCUGCAGGAUUUGAGCUCUCAGAACAACGGCGGAAUGUUACAUACCGUUCGCCAUAUGUCAGUUGAGGUAGCUGACGAGUCGCUGGAGCGCGAAAUAAGAGGCGUUCGGGAUUUGAAUAAAUUGCAUUCACUUAGGUUUGGAGCCAAACUCAAGGUUGAGAUUACCUGGUUCAGUAAGCUCUCCAACAUCCUAUUUUUGAGCCUAAAGGGUUGCAGGCUGGUCAAGCUACCUGAGAGCAUAGGUGACUUGCACAGUCUCCGUUAUCUCGAUAUAUCUCAUAGCCGUGUACAAGAAUUACCAGAGAAAUUCUGGCAACUUUACAACUUACAAGUGGUUGAUGCAACUCGUUCGAGUCUGAAAGCAAUUAGUAAUGAUGUUACAAAGCUAAUCAACUUGCCUCAUCUAGCAUUGCCAAAAGGCUGUUCUCCGAAAUUAACGGACAUAUGUGGUCUUGGAAAUCUAUCUCAUCUACGGAAGUUGGAACAUUUUACAGUUGGGAAAGGAAAUGGGCGAAAAAUUGGUGAGCUGAAGGGCAUGAACCAGCUCAGUGGAAAACUAACUAUAAGAAAUAUUCAAAAUGUUGAAAGCAAGGAAGAGGCUGCUGCGGCUAGACUUGUUGACAAGAAACACCUCCAGGAACUAGUUCUACUCUGGAGAUGGCGGCCUGUAUCCAGGGCGGUGACCAGUGAGAAUGGAGUGGUUGAAGGCUUGUGCCCUCCUCCAAGGAUCCAACGCCUUAAAAUCGCAAACUUUGAGGGCGACAGCUUUUCUCCUAGUUGGUUCAAACCAGAAAGCCUACCAACUUUAAGGAGUCUCGAGCUUGACGGUUGUCACGGCUUGACAAGUCUAUCAAUCCCCUCGUUUCGUUCCCUCAAACAGCUAAAGUUAACAGACUUAGGUAUUGAAACACUUUCAACUUUUGCUCAUUCAAUCGGUGGCGACAGGACGAUGCAGCAUGAAAGCAGCAGUAUCAGUAGCAGCAAUAUUGGCAUUGCAUUCCUUAGAGGCCUUACUAGUAUACGUCUUUCCCACUGUCAAAAACUGAGAAAUGUUGAUCAGCUGUUGUCUCCGGAAUAUGUGCCAUCCAUCAAAUCCAUAUGGAUUACACAUUGCCCAAGUCUGGUAUCGAUACCUACCGAGAGCUUCGGGGGAUUUGAUCACCUACAAGACCUCAAAAUCAUGUGGUGCAACAACUUGGCGUGCGAACGAGCAAUCGUUUUGCCCCCAUCACUCCGGCGACUCCACAUGGGUCGUUCCGGUGAUCUUGACAAGUCAUUCCCAGCCUGCCUACAGAACAGGAACCUCACCUCUCUCAUUGCCCUGCGUUUGGAGAGCUGCAGUAACAUGGAGUCCAUUCCAAUCGGCACAAAUCUUCAGCUCAAAUACCUGCAUCUAGGUUUCUGCUCGGAGCUGUCAUCCAUCAGGGGAUCGGAGGCUCUUUCAUCCAUGCAGUACGCGUACGUAUUAAACUGCUCGAAGCUUCUCGAAGUAGAGCAGCCCUUUACAAGGGACCUGCUGACUAAGGAGGAGAAGGACGAAUAUAAUAGAUUUUCCUGUCCAGCUAACACCCGGCCAAGAAGACGAGAUAUUGUGGAAGAACUCAUCAAAAGGGAUUUUUACGGUGUCUGAAACGUAUGGGCUGUUCUUCAUCGCCAAGACAAAAUCUCUAUGUGGCAAACUAAUCUGGAAGUCAAGGGUACCAUCCAAAGUGAAAUUCUUCAUGUGGCUAGCGGAUCGACAGCGUUGCCUAACAGCGGACAAUCUGAUUAAGCGCGGUUCGCCACAUCAGCCGGCCUGUGCACUAUGUGGAGUGGCAGUCGAGGAUUGUGCUCAUUUGUUCGUUGCCUGUGACUACACCUCAAGAAUUUGGAGGCUCUUGGGGCAAUGGACCGGGCUGGUUUUUCUGUUGCCAAAUGAAGCCGGUGGAGAGCUGGGGGAAUGGUGGACCAAGGCGAGAUCCGUUUGUCGAACCAGCUACAGGAAGAAUUUUGACUGCCUUGUGCAGCUAUGCUGUUGGAUGAUUUGGAAGGAGAGAAAUGAUCGGAUUUUCAACCAAAAACAAGCAACGGCAGUGCAGUUGUUCCAGAAGAUCAAAGAAGAGGUGGCCAUUUGGAAAGCAGCAGAGGUGUUCAAAAUAAAUAGCGAGUAGUUCGCAUGCCGCGAUUCUGUACCCUAACCGGACUUUAGGCCGGUUUUUCUGUUCACCUCGACAUCCCUCUUGUUGAUGUAAUUUUAUUCUGUAACUCUCCCCCAUAAUCUUAAUGAAUUUGGUCGUCGGCAAUUCAGGCGACCCAGCCAAAAAAAAAUAUUUCGGUGAUACGGCGAUACGUUGUGGCAGAUUCCAAUGCAUGACUAAUUUGUGACAACAUGUGUGCAUCUACUGCAACCGCUAAGUAGCAUGAACUCGGUAACUGAAGAGGCUAUCACUU